UUAAGAUUUGAGAUCAAUUUCUCUUUAUCUGGCUCUUCGCAAGCAAUGCUCUUGGCUAGCACCUUGGGUGUGUGCUGUAGCUCAACUCGUACUCUUCGUACUACAGUAGUCUCUGCAUUGGUCUAAACUCUUUGAAACUGCGAAGUAUUGUUGCUGGUAUUGCUGGUGAAGUGGAUCAGUUGUGGGCUGGUUGUGGGUGGACUGAACUGCAGGGAGUAGUAAAUGGGUUGGAAAUCGGCAGAGCGGUACCCUUUUAUCUCGUGUUAGAUUAGUGUUUCUGCUGGAGUUCUCAUCGAAUAGUCGUGCAACUGUAUACUAACUGCGAGAAUGGAUAGACGAAAGUUGUCGACAUCUGGUGAUACAUUAUAUGUAAUUUUGGGUCUGCCUAAAACAGCCACUGCAGAUGAUGUUAAGAAAACAUAUCGUAAACUAGCCCUCAAAUACCAUCCUGACAAGAAUCCUAAUAAUCCAGAAGCAGCUGAGAAAUUCAAAGAAGUGAAUCGUGCUCAUAGUAUCCUUAGUGACUUGACCAAGAGGAACAUCUACGAUAAUUAUGGAUCGCUUGGUUUAUACAUUGCUGAACAAUUUGGUGAAGAGAAUGUGAACGCUUAUUUCCUUGUUACAUCAGGGUGGUGUAGAUAGAUUGUAAAUAUAAGAGAAAAUAUUAUUAUAGUUAUUAAUAUUUUAUAAGAAAUAAUAAUAUUUUAAUGUUUUAUUUUGUUGCAGUUCACAAGUUGUAGGUAAAACUAGGUGAAAUGUAGAGAGAAAGAGAGCUAUGAUUCUGUUAAUUUUUUGUUCUGGGAUUUAUUGUAUUGAAAUUCAAUCACAAUAUUAUUAAACUUUUGUUUAUAAUUUAUUUUGAUUAUUGGAAUUAUUUUUGCAUUGUAAUGCAUUGUUUCUGCACAUGAGUAUUGAGUACUCCGGAAAAAAAAAUAAAAAAAAUAAAGGAAGCUUAACUAUAUGUUGGUGUUGGGUGUAGGCAUUCUUGAGUUUGUGAAAAUUAUUGUAUUGUGUAAUACACAAUAUAUUCGUCUCAAUAAUUUUAAAUUAUAUUUAUUAAUAUAUUGGUAAUCUUUCCUACAAAUCAAUAUCUACCCAAGUUAUCGUCGUGUAUAGAGAUCUUGUGUAAAUUUAUUGCAGCAGUUCUCUUUUAAAUAAUGCCUCGGUGAUAAGAUCAAAAUAGAUAUUAUCAACUUCAACAUGUUUAUGAUGUACUUACUGUUUAUUUAAUAACAUGUCAUGAAUAUUAUAUUUGAAAUUAAAUGUAAUUUUAUUACAAAUUUGGAACAAAUGAUUGUUUGAUAAAUUACAAUGCAAAAAUGUGGGUUAUUGUAUCAUUACUCUGGGAAGGACUUCUAUAUUGUAAUAGAAUAUUGGUCAUAUGUUUACUUAAAAAUCUCUAAUAUAUAAG